AUGAACAUACCGGGAAAAGCGCCUCGAUGGUUGAUUGGAUCCGCGUUCGGCAUCGGCUUUGCCGUUUUUGCCGCCCUCGGGGUGUUAAUAUACGCGGCUCAUAAGGAGAUUCAUGGCUCAAAUCGAUGCGGGAUGACGUUUAUGUGGCGUAAAAUCAAUAUGCUGACGAUCAAAGUUGAAAACAACAGCGUCUCAAAAUACGGCCUUUAUCGCUACCUGGAGGGCGACAAUCCUCGAUUCUUUGAUCGCAUUGAUGAAACGGCUUUUCCGGUUCUAUUCGUCCCCGGCAGCGGAGGCUCUGGAAAUCAGGUUCGCUCCAUCGCAUCGGUGCUACAAAACAAGACCGAGCUGCGCAAGCUUCCCUAUGAUUUCCACUUUUAUGCGGUCGAUUUUGAUGAAGAACUUACCUUUUUAUCGGGCAGCACCAUCUUGCGACAACGUGAAUUUGUGCUCAAAGCGAUCGGUGUGCUGUUGGAGAUUUACAAAGAUCUCAACAAGCUGACGUUGAUUGGGCACUCGUUCGGCGGCUCUAUCGUUCUCUCACUGGUUGGCGGGGAGGAGAUCGUGCGGCAGAAUGUCGAUCUGGUGCUCUCCUUGGCGGCGCCAAUCGCGCUUCCACCUAUAAUGAUGGAUCGAGCCAUGGCCACCUUUUUCGCGUCCAUGCAUUCCGACUGGGCCAAUCGGGAGACGAGCAACCUGGAGGACGUUGGAGUCGUUAGCUGGUCGGGCGGCCUCAAGGAUUAUCAAGUGCCGGAUCGACUCGUCAACCCUCGUAAUGCGGUAAAAGCCUGGCAUGGUGUUUUCUUGCCAAGUUGGGCACUGGAAAAGGUCGAGGUUGACACGGAUCACUUGUGCAUUCUUUGGUGCAACCAGUUUGUCAGGCAUGAAAGCCGGCUGCUGCAAGCAUACGCUGAAAAAAGCGGCCCCGAAAAAACGGGUAGAGCGAUUGUAGAGGAGUUUUACGCGAACGAAAUGAAGGACCUCUCUGCUGCGGACGGUCCUGAAAUGCCAGAAAACACUGAACGAGUGCGCAACUUUCUGUGGCCCUGGGAUCAUGAAAAAUUUGCCUUCUCCAGCGAGGGAGGAGGAGAGACAACCGAACGAAACUUCCAUUUCCUUUCCGACCUCCCUGCCACAGUGCUCCGUUUGGAUUUGACAUGGACGGGGCCCAGAUGCAAAGGACCUAGCGAAGUGUAUUUCCGUUAUAAGGAUGGGCUGAAGCGCCGGGCGCAUAUUCCGGAGAAAGGGCAGCAGAUGACAUUCCACGUCCCGCAAACGAUUUCGCUCACCGAACCGCUGGCCGGCCUGUUGCAUAUAAAAUCGACGACGCGGUGCUCCUACAAAGCGAUGCUAUCCAACGACCUCGGAUGGGGGAUUUACAUGGCCAUCUUGAUGCAUUUGACGAGCAUCCCAACGGCCAUCCUUGACGCCUCCCUCUUGGUCUCUUCAAUUCGGCUUGCCCUUGACCGGAAACUGGCCCCAGCCACGAUUUUCAAAGUUACCAACGCGUUUCUGGUGUUGAAAUUAGGCAUCGAUUUUGCGCACGGGAUGGCUUUCCGAUCGGCCAUCAUCUACCUGAACCUCUUCAUUCUGUACUUCAUUUUCAUCUUCGCCAUCGUCGAGCCGGCCCGUAAAUACGUGCAUAAAUGGACUUCUCGAUUGUCGGGGCUCGAAAAGAACAGGGUUUUCUUGAUGCUGAUUUUUCUCUUGGCUCUGGCGAAUCCGCACAUUGCCCUGGCGACGACGGCCGUGUGGAUAGCAUUGAUCUCCAAUUUCGGGUCCUCGCUGGUCGGUGGCCUUUCUGGGGCAGUCAUACUGGGAGCUAUCGGGCUGGCUGGUGGCAUCAGGGAUCAGAUCUUUGCCCUCGGCUUUGGCCAGCUGAACAUGACGAUCCCGAUCCCGGUGUUCGUGCUGUUAUUCCUGACGAAAACUGAGCGUGUAAAGGAGAUUUUUGCUGCCUCCCCAAAUGCUUGGAUGAUUUUACCGGCCGCCGCCUUGUUCAUGACGUUCAUCUCGGAAGAGUUGCCCCUCGAGAUUGGCGCCAGUUUCGUCACCGUCUGGAUCUACCUGUCGCAGUUGGCCCAGCGUCACUCAGUUGCACCAAGUUCAGAGGUCGCUGAUAACCAUCGCCCCAAACAGUGGAACGACAAAUACAAGAAGAAC